CUAUCAUUUGCUUCGUGUGGCCCACUGAUGUUGACGAUCGUAACUGAAAGGCUGCCUGACAAACGUAAACAUUCAGCCACGUCACUUGCAAACUCUCGCUAGAGUUGUACACAACACGGAUCCUUUCUAGCCAUAACCAAAGUAAAGGGUCGAGCAUUGCUUCGAGAACAAUCUAUGGUUUUCAUCAAUUCUGUGUCCUUAACAAUCCUUAAACUGAGAACCCCAGACAACAGGUGACUGCAAUGGAAACGUUUGUGAAAAAACGCUCCUUCAUUAGUGAAGCCAGAAGUCCACAGAAGAAGAUCAAACUGGAGAGUGAUGAGGGGAUGGAGCAGGAUGAGGAAGAUGAGGAGUUUUCUCAUCCUGUUCCCUGGCAGAAAAUAGAAGCAGAAGGACUAGACUGUGAUUAUGCUCUGCUGUUCUCCAAAGAAGAAGCAGACAACCUCUUUAAACAGCUGGAGGAGGAGGUGGUGUACUCAACAGGGGAAGAAGCUAAGGUCCAGGUGUUUGGAAAGGUGUACGAUAUACCAAGAAAGCAAGCCACAUAUGGAGAUGCAGGUCUCACCUACACUUAUUCAAGAGUGACACGUUUAGCCAACUCUUGGACUCCAACCUUGGAAUAUAUACGGGAUGCUGUCACUAAAACAACUGGACGAGCGUUCAACUUCGUCUUGGUCAACAGGUACAAAGAUGGCCAGGAUCACAUGGGCGAGCAUCGUGAUGAUGAGAAGGAGCUGGACCCCCUCUGUCCCAUCGCCUCCAUCUCUCUGGGAGCGCCACGAGACUUUAUCUUCCGGCACAGAGAUGCUCGGGGGAAACAGAGCCUCAGGCAGAUUGAACCCGUGAAGCUGGAGCUCGCUCACGGGAGCCUCCUCCUCAUGAACUCCCCGACCAACACUUUCUGGUACCACAGCCUGCCUGUCCGCAAGAAGAGUUCCCUGCCUCGCAUCAACCUCACAUUUAGACGCAUCGUAGUUGACAGAAAGAAAUGACCAGCAGGGGGAUUAGCAACCUGGCCAUUGGUCCAAGAACCUUCUGACUAAGGGACAAUUAAGGCUGAAAGGACAAGUCACAUGCUGUUCUUGGCCACAUGGACAAAUAACGCUAAGCUAAUAUGUUUUUUUAGCUGAAUCUGAGAGACUAUAAUGACCGCACAAGUCAGGACUGUUUACUUGGACUCUUAAGAAUCAGAAUAUUUUUUACAGUGAACUUAUUUGUGUUAAAAAUGACCCAAACGUCUGACUGACUUGAUUUCAAACUAUCAUUUCAGUAACUUGUCCUCCAGUUGUAUGGUGAAGCAGCUGGCUAUGUCUCCAAAGAAAGAUAGAAACGUUGCCAGAGCGAUGGAACACUUUCCUUAUUACAAAUAAAAAAAACGUAUUGAAAG